AUGAGCUCCGGAUCUUCAGUACUAUGCAGGGUCGCCGUGUUUGUGCCUCAGACACGGCUGGGCCGCCUGGUCCAAAACCAGUUCUUCGACAUCUUCUACAGCAUCUGCAUCAUCGUCAACUGCUUGACGAUGGGUCUGCAGGCAGACAUGUUGGUCAAUGAUUAUUCCGAUGGAAUCGUGCUGGUUGUCAGGAUGAUCGAGCACGUUCUUGUUGCGCUCUUCACCUUUGAGAUCUUUGCGCGAUUGCGCGUGUACGGGCGCUGGUACUUCUCGUUGACCAGGAUGGAUGAACGUCGUAGACGUCACGAGCCUGACUUGGGUUGGAAGCCAGCGUGGGCUGCGAUGAUCGUUGUCCUGUCCGGGGUAGUCUUUGGCUGGAUUCUCCCAUUGCUGUAUGAACUGAUGGGCGAAGAUCUGUUCGGUGCAGGAUUCAUGCGAAUGCUCUCUGUCUUCAGAGCUUUGCGGCUGCUGAGAAUAGUUCGUGUCAUUCAGCAAAUGCCAAUGUUCCGAGAAGUGUGGCUGCUGUUGCGAGGGUUGACAAGCUCCAUGCGCACUUUGAUAUGGACAGUGGCCGUGAUUUUUGUGCUCACGUACAUUUUCGCAAUUCUGGGCUGCUGGAUGAUCAGCGACCAGAUGAAAGCGUUGAAAAGCGAUGUUGUGGACCAGGAGCUCUACGAGGCCACCUACAACAUGGUGAAAGGCAUCGGCCCUUUGAUGCAGCUUCUGAUCCAAUUCCUGACGCUGGAUUCGUGGAAUUCGAAGAUGGAGAGAAUCAUGCUGUACGCACCUUGGUGCUUGGCAUAUUUCUACAUGUACAUUGCUGUGGCGGUUUUCGUGCUCAUGAACCUUGUGACGGCCAUCAUUGUGGAAAACGCAAUGUCUGCCUCCAGAAUGGACGAAGACCAGCGCUUGAAGCAGAGGCAUGGCUGCAGUGGCUGCAACCUCAAGAGCUUUGAUGGAACUUGUGUGCAAGCGGCGGAGCUGCUUGUUAGUUUACAGGAUUCACAGGAGCACAGGAUGGAAGAAGUCAAGCGCAAGGAGCUGAAAGAGCUUGAGCACCUUGGGCAUGAACGAAGGCAGCUGUUCUAUUUGAUGGAUGCGGACGGCGAUGGAACGCUAGAUUGGGAAGAGUUUGAGAAUGCCUUCCACGAUGAAGAGAUGAGUCGGAAAUGGCGCUUGCUUGAUUUCCAGCCUGACGAGUGCAAGGAACUUUUCGAUCUUCUUGAUGACGGAGAUGGGGGCAUCGAGACGAAGGAAUUCUUUCAUGGACUGGCACGCAUGAAAGGAGGCGCGCAGUCCAGAGAUCUCAUGCGGGUGGCGCAACGAGUGGACAGGUUGGGCAAAGAUUUAUCCUGUCUUUUCGAUAUUGUGCAGACAAGUACCUGGGACAACGCAUCGUUCGCGUCCGAUGCUGAUAGAAGCACGGGCAGCGCUAGCACCUUGGCUGAGCAAAGCUCAAUUGUUGAAAGUGAGCACUGCUGCAGUUGCAUUGAGAAGUAA